GCCAGUGCUUCACCCCUGUAAUCACGUCUUCCUGCCAGAGACUCCGCAGCUCCCUUGGGCUUCCUUUUCCUUCUGGUUAAGCCCAAAGCUUGAGAGCCGGGCAGAAGGACGUUGGGAGAGACUGAGGGUGGAGCAGGUUUCCAUAGACCCGAAUCGGAGUCCCAGAGAUUCGGUCUUCGAAAGGUGCGGAAGAGCAACUUCACAAGGAGAAAACUUAAGAGCACCCGCGAGUUUCCCCUAUUAGCAGGUAGGAGCGGUGGGCACUUGGCUGGCGAGGGGAUGGUGCACUAGGACUGGAGGGGCGAGGGCAGAGUGGCCAGAGAGGACAGGGAGGAAGAGAGCUAGGAACGAUUUAGAUUAUCCUUCUCAGGAGGCUGCCUAGAAGAGGCAGGGAUGCUCCAGGAGAGGCUGAAAGCUGGCUGGGAUUCUAAGCUGCCCUUCUGGACCCGGAUCCAGCCUGCAGAGGAUUGAGCAUCCCAGGUCUCACGUAGACGCCCGGGGGACGCAGAGACUGGGGGCGAGCGGGAACCGGGUGAGAAAAGCUAAUACUGCGGGAUGUGGAGGCAUUCCACCUUUCCUUCUGUUUGCCCACAGGUUAGGGCUUUGGAGAGCAGCUGCACUCCUAGGGGCAGUGGAGACAAAGGUAUUCUGGACUCCCCGAGCCGUCGCUUGGGAGACCUCUUUGGCUGUGUGGCCCCGGGUAGAAGGAGGGGCACGGGAAGGGACGGGAGGGGCAGGGCAGCUGGGCCCGCGCGCGGCUCCCCCUCCCGUGAGUCUCUCCUAUAAAGAGCGCUUCCCAGCUUGUCGCCAGGCAGAGGCGAGGAGCGGAGCGCAGCUCCCAAGACGCGCAGCGAGUUGCGGCUCGGCACCACUACUGGGUCGCUCUCCUGGGUUCCGAGAGCUAUGGCCAGAGCCCGGGACCACGGGUUGUGAAACGUUAGGCAGGCUGCAAAGCCAGCGAGACCCCAGCCCGCCAUGGAGAGCUCAAGCGAAGCAACAGAGCCAGGGUUCCCGAACUGCAGCGCCAACUGGAGCCUGGAGCUCUCCAGCCCCGGAGACAGGAACCGCAGUUCCAUCCCCUUUCAACGCAACGAGGCCAUGGCCAAGGUGGAGGUGACGGUGCUGAGUGUGAUCCUCUUCUUGGCACUGACCGGCAACCUGUGCGUCCUGCUGGCUCUGCGUACCACCCGCCACAAGCACUCCCGCAUGUUCUUUUUCAUGAAGCACCUCAGCAUCGCCGACCUGGUGGUGGCAGUGUUCCAGGUGCUGCCCCAGCUCCUUUGGGACAUCACUUUUCACUUUUAUGGACCCGACUUCCUCUGCCGACUUGUCAAGUAUCUUCAGGUGGUGGGCAUGUUCGCCUCUACCUAUCUGCUCCUGCUAAUGUCUCUAGAUCGCUGCCUGGCCAUCUGCCAGCCGCUGCGCUCCCUGCGCAGGCAAUCAGACCACCUCUCAGUCCUCUGUACCUGGCUGGUGUGCCUGGUGGUCAGCGUGCCUCAGAUCCAGAUCUUCUCCCUGAGGGAGGUGAGUGAAGGAGUGUACGACUGCUGGGCAGUGUUCAUCCAGCCCUGGGGACCCAAGGCAUACAUCACCUGGAUCACACUGACCGUCUACAUCAUCCCAGUGCUGGUGCUCAGUGCCUGCUAUGGGCUUAUCAGCUUUAAAAUCUGGCAGAAUUUGAAGCUCAAGACAGCUCAUGAGCCCCGAGCUGCUGGGCUCUUGGCCUCAUCUGUUACCUGUGGGGCAGAUGCUGACAAUGGGGGACCCCUGUCUCGGGUCAGUAGUGUCAAGCUCAUCUCCAAGGCCAAAAUCCGCACCAUCAAGAUGACCUUCAUUAUUGUCUUAGCCUUCAUCGUGUGCUGGACUCCUUUCUUCUUCGUUCAGAUGUGGUCGGUUUGGGACCCCGAUGCCCCUAAAGAAACCUCUCUGUUCAUCAUUGCCAUGCUCCUGGCAAGCCUUAACAGCUGUUGCAACCCCUGGAUCUACAUGCUGUUCACAGGCCACCUCUUUCAUGACCUGGUGCACCGUUUCUUUUGCUGUUCGGCAAGUUAUCUGAAGACCAAUCCAGGAGGCGAGACCAGUGCCAGCAAAAAAAGCAACUCCUCCACCUUCGUCCUGAGUCGUAAGAGCUCUAGCCUGAAGAGCUUCACCCAGCCAGCUGGGGAGUGAGGCAGGGCCCAGGCCUAUGGUUCUGAGGUCACUGGGUUUAACUUUGUGUUGGUGGUCAAUUUCUGACCCACCAUGGAUGUCUAAUAUGUGUAUAAUGUAUAAGUGAGCCUUUCUUUUGUACAUAGACAUAACUCUGGCCCUUACAUUGUGCGCACAUGGCACCAGAAUAGACCUAAUAAUCCAAGUGGUCAUCCCUGUGGGCAUUCUGCGCCAUUUUUCUAUAUACUGACCACUCAGUCCUCUAGGCCUUCUGGCAAAAUCUCCUGCCCACCCCCCAAUGUAUCUGUGGCUACUCUAUUCCUUACUCCUGAUCAGAGGAUAGCUUCUAUGGCUCUGCAUUUAUUCUACUCUGUCGAUAUGGAAGACAGCCUGGGAUAGUGGAAAGAGAAUUGUCUUCAGCUAUCUGUGUACCCUUGGGCAAAUCACUUCAUUUCUCAGCAGCCAGGGCAACUCCCUGAAACUUCGGGGGAAAUGAUGACCAUCUUUUUAGAAUUAAAUUGAUUAAAUAAAUGCAAGCGAACUACAGGGAAGCUAGAGCUGCAAAUGAAUUGCUGAAAGAUAGUAACAUUCCAGGUUUUAUUUGUGGGUGAUAAUUCCCUUCUAGUAGAAGCAAUGUGCAGUGGAUAAAGAGCCAGUUUCCAAGGUUAGAAAACCUGGACUCAAAUCCUCUUGGUCACCUACUGCUUGUGUGACCUUGAGGAAGUCACUUAAAUUCUUAGUGUCCUAAACAAUUCUCUAAGACGCUACAUUUGCUGAGACGGUGCUGACGUGCACUGGAAGAGGCAAUUUCCUAAAGUGGCACUUUCUUAGACCUGUGGAAUCACAGGUUUGAUCCCUCUCCCUUUCCCAAAUUCUUUAUUUCACACCUGCUUCUUGGUCUUCCUGUGGAAAUCCUCUCUCUGAAAUAGUGACCCCAUUGGGCCAUUCUUAAUAUAGGUGCCAAUGUCAGUCAAUAAAUGUUUAUUAAGUGCCUAUAUGUGUCAGGCACUAUGCUAAGCUCUGGGGAUACAAAAGAGUCCUUGCUCUCAAGUUGCUGUCAACACAUAGAUGGAAGGCUGAAAAGUCUUGCUUUCUUCACCAAAAAAAAAUAUUAGCCAUUUUAAAAAAUAUAUAGAAAUGUAGCAUUGAUGAUUUCACCAUAGUUUUGCACAAACAAGGAUGAGAAAUAGACAUUUUCAGAACUUUUGUCUUCUGUCUUCCUUGAGUUCAGGACAUAGGGAUGGCUAGAAAUACAGGAAGACCGUGACUCCUGAGAAAGCUUAUUUCUCUGCUUCUCAAUUUCCUCAUCUGGAAAAUGAGUUGGGGAGGGAGGGUACGAGCUACAUGUUUUUAAGGUCCCUAAAUCAAUGAGCUGAUAAUCUUACCCAAAGCUGGCAUGCUAUCAGGGACAAGGUGAGGAUUUAGCCAUAAGAUGUCUUUAUUCCCUUCCUGAGCCUAACUCAGAUGUUAAAUGCUGGGAAAGAAUUCAGAGCUGGUGUUUUGAAUCUGGGUCACAUGGAAUCUUGGGGUACAUUUUCCUCCUGUUGAAACCUUUCAAAACUUUCUGGAACAUAUUUUGAGCCGUUCCACAGGCCCAGCUUCAAGCUAUGCCUCUCCUUAUUCCUUCCCCAACGUCUCUCCUGCCCAAUUUAUACAGAUACAUCUACUCACUGAAUAAAAGAAUAUGUAUGUUAUCCUGUGGUGUGAUCAGGGGUACCAAUGUAUAAAGAACCAGAAUGCACCCAAAACGCAUCACCCUAAAGCAGUGAUGAACACAACUUGGUCUUCUCUGAUGAUUCUGAUCUGAGUGGCUCCAUGCCUUAGGCUCAUCGCUCUGAAUGUUGGCCAUGAUCAUGCUACAGAAGUAUGGAAGUUUUAAUUAGUUGAUCUAGGGUUAUCAAGAUGCCAGUUUACAUUAGUCACAUUAUCCUUUUUCUUUUUUGGUUAGGAACUACCAAAGAAGUAGGAGGAGAUGUAGGCAGUCACCAGUGAUGGGAUAUAGCAUACCCUACAUUCCCAAGGCAUUUUCCUGGCGGCUUGUUGGAAAGCCGCGUCUAUGCCUUCCUGGUCCUACCCAUGAUCGCUGCCUCCCAGCCCCAACCCCCCCAUCCCAGUGCUUAGAGUUCCAAAUUUAAGUAUUGCUACCACCCAGGAGCCCCUAAGGGUUGGGGGGCUCCCAGAAGGGGACUCGAGGAUUUUCCUAAAUGUGACGAUUUAGAUCUUGACCUCACAAAACUUGGCUUGGCAGCUGUGGUUUUUUAAAAAAGCCCUUACCUUCUGCCACAUAAUCAAUACUAUGUAUACUACUGGUUCCAUUGGCUAGGCAAUGGGGGUUAAGUGACUUGCUAGUCACACAGUUAGGAAGUAUCUUGAGGUCAUAUUUGAACCCAGGACCUCCCAUCUUUAGGUCUGGCUCUCAAUCCACUGAGCCAUCUAGAAGCUCCCAGCUGUGCAGUUUUGAAAAAUGACACAGUUAACCCUUAAAUUGAAAGAAUGAGAUUUUUUUUUCAGCUCCCACAUUUUGGAUGCUCAACCUCUUGGGUCACCUUGGAUUUUAUUUCAUGCCACCUGUCUUUGUUCUUGGAACUUUCCAUUUAGCUCUUGAUGUAUGUUUUGAUUCUGUUUGGGCAUUUGCAAUAGCUCAGAGAGACUGAAAUGGUACUUUGACCCCCCAAGUCAGUGUUUCUCUAUUCUGUUCCUUCAAUUUUAGGUACCUAGGGACUAUAGGCAAUAUUCCCUAGACAUCUGCAUAGUCUCCCCAUUGGUGAAAAUAAUGAUUAUCCUAUCUUCCAUUCCUGUUUGAGGGGUAGGAUUGAUUAAAUUAAUUCUAGCUUCCAACUUCCAGAAAAGACACACAAGGUUCCAGGCUUUCUUCUGGGAGAGAUCCCUGGAGGGAAGGAAUGCGCAUUUCCUUCUUUGAAUUUUAUCUUAUUAUCAACACUGAAAUGUUAGAUAUAUUUAGGUUUUAAAAUCAUGGGGCUCAACUUUAAUUUUCUGAAUAGACUGAAAAAUUCCACAAAACUAAAUGGAAAAUGUGUCAAGAACUGUGUUAGGAUAUAGAUAGUAAAGUGAGAUAGUCUUUGCACUAAAGAAUCUCUUUUGAAAAUGGACCACAAUAUAUGUAGUAUAGUUGUAGGGCAGAUGGGAGCCUGUGGGUUCUUAGGGUGCAGCAUCAGAGUAGAUGAUAAAGGUUAAGUCCUUAAGGUGUCAUGUCAGGUUAUAUGGCAAAGGCCAAGGGUCUAGAAUGCAUUGUGGCAGGGCAGAUGGUAUGGUAAAUCUUGGUGGACCCCAUAGAACAAUAGAAGGUCCAGUAGCAGAGCCCAGUAAGCUGCCAUCUUGUCAGAAGGUUUAUAGUUAGUGAUUUCCUGCUCAUCUGAGGAAUGUGAGGAACCAAGUUCCUGAUCAAUGGCAGUUCAGAGUGGGACAGUAGGUCUGAAUGUUGGAAUGAAAUGGGGUUUACUUCCACUGGGGAGAAGAAUGUGAGGAAUUAGCCCCCAGCAUCGAUGAAAUGGGAUAAUGGAGCCUAGGUUAGGGAGGUAGGAAGGACUAUCCGCCAGCCUAUUUCUGAUGAACCCUUGGGUAGCCCAUUGGAUUGGGGGGUAGGAUAAAGAAGGCUGGGUUGGGGAAGGUUCUUGUCUUCUUUCAGCAUUUGCUUCUGCUAGAUGUUAGAGAGUAAAGUACUUAGGGUUAGGGGUAAAACCAUGUUAGAAACUUCAGGAAAUUACAUGUACAUGGAGACAUUUGGCAGCUCAGAUUUUGGAAAAUGCUUAGAAAUUUGUAUUCUCUUGUGAUGAAACCUUACUUAAUGUUAAGUGUGAGGUCCUUUGUCCUACCAAAUGCAUACCAUGAUAUUCCUGUGUAUUGCCAAAGGCUAUUUGUCUGAUGAUAUUUAUUCAUCUUCUUUUGUAAUUUGCUUUACAGAUGAGAUGCUCAAUAAAUGUUUUCCUCAUGUGUA